GCCAAGAAAAUUAAGGUUACACAAUUCAUAGGGCACAAAAUGUCUGUGAUUAUUAAAAAAAUGAUAUCAAGCAUUUAGGAAAAUUAAGGUUAAUUGAGUUCUAUCCUCAUAGGCUCAGAGUAUUUUUAUUUUGGUUUUGUACAGGUCAUUUUUGGGAGUGAUUUUGUUCAAAUAGUGGAAAGAAUUUCAACAAUGCAUUUGAAAGUACUCAAGCAUUAAUAAACCAUAAUAUAUGUUACAGUGUGGCCCAUUUGAAAGCAGGACACCCUCUUAAAAUUUGCAUUUUUUGUCCAAUUUUUUUUUCAAUUUUAAAGCAGGAAAACAUGUGCUUAUAGUCAAAAACUCACGUUUCUUGGCCCAAAACCAAAAGGAUAAUUUUUUUUGGCAUUUUAUGAGGGUGUCCCCCUUUCAAAUGACUCUAUGGACUUACUCCUAUUUAGUAAUAACUGUGUAUAUGUAACAAAACAGUGGUAAAACAAAGACAUAUUUAAUAUUAUUUAAAUUAUGAUCUAUUUCUUAACAUAACUGUAAUUCUUUAAUAAUCUUGAUUAACAAUUUGCUUAUUUACAGUUUAAAUAAACAUUACUUAAAUAUCACUUAACAUGUAGUAUUAAUAGUUUAAUUUAAAAUGAGCUUAACAUUGUAAAUAAAAUCACACAAGAUUCUAAAUAAUCAACAAUGAAAUCACAAUUGUCAAUAAACUUUUACUGUUGUUAUACUUUUAUUGACUGUUAAACAUACAACAUGAAUUUGCUGUCUGUUUCUAAGAACACACAUUACUAUUUAUAGUUAAUUAUGAAAUAUACAUCUCUUAUUAAAUGUUAUCAAAAUAUUUUGUGUUUUAUUUAAAACAAUACACAUACAACACCAUAUUCUUUCCUAAAUUUUCAUUUUAUACCUAAAUCAAUAUAAUUUUUUUAAAACAUGGGUUAAACAUACAACUUGAAUUUCCUGCUUGUUUCAAAGGAAACAACGUCUCUCAUGUUAACACAUACAGCAAUACAACAAAUUAUAUAGAUAAUAAUUGUACGAAUUCUGUGUAAUAUAAUAUGUCUUAUUUAACUCAACUCAUUAGUUGGUUAUAACAAGGCCAUAGCGAUUGAUUUAUAUUUACAUCGUGUUCAUUCAGUACUUACCGGGUUCAACGGACUAUCCUCUGUAUCUCUUAGCUCGCCAAAAUUAGAACAAAACAGAUAAGUAAGGCAAUAUUACAUCAUUAAGAUGAGUUGCAAAGUAAUAAUCGAUAGCACAAACUUUCAACCCGGAUCUCUGAUAACUGGAAAAGUAUUAGUAAACAUGAACAACGAAAAAAAUAUCAGAGGUGUGACAGUCCGUUUAAAAGGUGAGGAACACACGGAAUGGGAAGAGCGAGAGAGUCAUUAUAACACAACGACGGAGAAAGAAGAGGUAGUUUAUCAAAGAUACACCGGAGAUCAUACUGUAUGUGAGCAUGAAACACAACUACGUGGUUCUGGUAAAUUGGAACCUGGUCAGUAUACUUUCCCUUUCGAAUUCCAUUUGGACAGGGACAUACCCUCUAGUUAUAAAGGAACUUAUGGGUAUAUAGAAUACAGUAUUAAAGGAAAGGUGGAUCUGGCCUAUCAAUUCGAUUAUGUAGAUAAAGUUUACUUAAACAUAAACUCACCAAUUAAUUUCAAUAACAUGUCUUGGGAUUUACAACAAGCAGUUUAUGCAGAAGACGAUAAAACUGUUUGUUGCUUCUGUUGCUCACAAGGAGAAAUAACUUUUAAAAUGACAAUACCUAAAAGGGCGUAUGUAAUAGGGGAAAGCAUACUUGUUCAUGUGGAUAUUACCAACUUGUCCAACGUUAACGUUGAUAACGUUAACAUGAGAAUCAUACAGACCACAGAAUCAACGACACAUUCACCAAGUACCAAAGAAAAGUACGAAACAGACGUAGUUGUAUCAGUAGAUCACACUGGUGUUGGUGCAAAUGGUUGCCACAACUUUUACAUGACCCUAGACAUUCCUACGUAUCUCCAAAUAUACAAUUUUAAAGGUAGCAGCUUAUUCAGCAGCUCUUUUAGACUUGAGGGCUGCUGCAACCUACCUGAUUGCCAUACCGAUUUAGAGCUGAAUCUUCACCUUGUCCUGGGUCACAUUCAACACGAAAGAAGCCCGACGGUGGUGCCACCAGAUGAAUCGACAACCAUGACCCAACAACUAGGUGUGCCAAGAGGAAACAACGACGAAUGGGAAGACAUCGGUGAAACCACUGAGAUAGGCGACGAACAACCGCCACCCUACCAAUCUCACAUAGGUUUCAACAUUCCUUCCGCACCAGAUCCGUCGUCAAAUGGGAACACGGUUCCACAACUACCCACGGCUGGAUUUGUAGCCAUGCCCAUGCCCGGACCGUCUGCACCUGUGUCCGAGCCUGAGCCACUGAAUCCGGAGAAAGGUGUCUUUGGAGGAGGGCCUCCUUCUGCACCUCCUGAUGAUCCAUCAAGGCCCAGUGCUCCAGAACUACCUCCUCCUUCGUACGAAGAAAUAAGUGGAAACAAGUCUCAAUAGUUGAAGGCUGCUUUAGGCGCUUACAGUAGCAGCAAAAAGCAAAAAAGCUUGUCAAUUGCUUGUGUUUCCUGUAAGCUUUUUAAACCUACAAUGACACCUUUGAUGUGAUAUUACGCCACAACUCGAGAUUAAAAAUAUAUUCUUGUACGUGUGUUGAAACGCUUAUUGCUUUUAUGUAUAAUAAACUUACAUAUAAUAAAUAUUUUACAAAAUA